UUAUAUCUACCAUAGAUCGAGUCACACCUGAUUGUAGCUCUUCCUGAAAUAUCCCGCGCAUUUUGAAAUGUUCCUCUUUCCCGAAAUUCCCAAUAUAUUUAAUUUAAUUUUCUUUCUGCGUAGCACUAUUUCAGAUUUGUAGAGAGAGAGAGAGAGAGUUGAUGAGAGGGAAAACUGUAAACCUAAAAAGCAGCAGCAGGAAGAAGAAGAAGAAAGAGUUAAGGAGCAAAAUGAAAGGGACUUUGGUGAGGCACUUGCAGGUUCAGCUAGGGCCAAACUGCCAAUCAUCAUCAUCAUCAUCAAUGACCAAACCGUCUCAUUUUCAGACUAUUCUCGAAUCUGAAGCUGUACCGGAGCGGCAGCAGCUUCCCUUCUCAUCGCCUCGAAAUACAGACCUAGAUAACACUGUGGAUGACAAAGAUUUUAUUCUAAGCCAAGACUUCUUCUGCACUCCUGAUUAUAUCACUCCAGAUAAUCAAAACUUAUUGAAGAGCUUUAGUAGCAACGAGGAAAGCAUGCCGUGCCCCAAAUCACCGGAAAAGCUGAAUACAAUAAAAAGUAAGAGGCGUCGGCAAGAUGAUUUUUCAUUAAAUCCACUCAGUCCCACCUUGUCCGACAUUCAAGAGAUGGUGGAAUUUGAAAAUGAUGAUUGUGAUGUAGACGAAGUAAAGAUGGAAAAUAUUACAGCAUCUGGAACAAAGAGGGUUCAAAGCUACGUAUCCCAAUCUGCAGUUGCUUUACGGUGCCGGGUUAUGCCCCCUCCUUGUAUAAAAAAUCCAUACAUAAAAGAUGCUUCAGGAAUGGGCAUGGAUCCUUUUGGCAACCAAAGAUCAAAGUGUGCAGAUUUAUUUGCUGCAACUAUUGGGGGAAAUGGUCUUUCACGUUAUCACACUGAUUUCCAUGAGAUUGAGUUCAUUGGUAGUGGGAACUUCAGUCGUGUACUCAAAGUCUUAAAGAGAAUUGAUGGCUGUCUGUAUGCUGUGAAACAUAGCAUAAAGCAACUGCAUCAGGACAGUGAAAGGAGGAAAGCUUUAAUGGAAGUUCAAUGUUUGGGAGCUUUAGGGUCUCAUGAAAACAUUGUUGGAUACUACUCUUCUUGGUUUGAAAAUGAGCAGCUUUACAUACAAAUGGAGCUCUGUGAUUGCAGCUUAUCCAUCAAUGGAUCUCACCAACUGUUAUCGGAGACAGAAGUUUUGGAGGCCGUGCAUCAGAUUGCAAAGGCAUUGCAGUUUAUUCACGAGAGAGGAAUAGUUCAUCUAGAUGUAAAGCCUGAUAAUAUAUAUGUCAAGAAUGGAGUAUAUAAGCUUGGUGAUUUUGGGUGCGCAACACUUAUUGAUAAGAGCCUCCCAAUUGAGGAGGGUGAUGCACGUUAUAUGCCUCAAGAAGUCUUAAACGAGAGAUAUGAUCAUCUUGAGAAGGUUGAUAUCUUCUCUUUGGGAAUUUGUAUGUUGGAGUUAAUAAGAGGGUCAUCUUUGCCAGAAUCAGGACGUCUAAAUGUCAAGGAGGGAAAAUUGCCACUCCUCCCUGGUCGUUCAUUGCACUUGCAGAACUUAAUUAAGGCCAUGGUGGACCCUGAUCCAAUUAAGCGGCCUUCAGCUAAAGAUUUGGUGGAAAACCCUCUUUUCCGCAAGGCUCCACAAAAUGCUAGAACCUAAACAAGAACACGUAGCCGGAAACUCUGGAAAAUUUUGUAAAUUACACGGUGGUGCCACCUACAUACAGUCAAGUUACGUGUAUGCUAUGCACCAUUGUUUUCCACUUGCACGGUGCAAUUUUUUGUAUGACUAGAGGUACGUAACACUACUACUGGAGGAGAUUUUGUGAAAUGUUCUCUUGUUUUGUGAGGUUGGACUUCUUAGUUUCUGAUUUAACCGAAUUAUUAUGUAUAUAGUUAAUUAAUCUAAGAUCAAUGGUAAUUGCGUAGGUUUGCAUCGCCGGUUCAUCUUGUUGUAGAUCAUUCUCUUGCCUCACCAGAGUAACCCGUUGGGUGGAAAAGAGUCGUGUUUUGUUUUAAUUUUUGCCCUCCUUACCAUUAUUUUAUGCCUUCGGUGUCUUUAAAAUUGAGAUUUGAACAUGAACUACUAUAGUGAAGCUUGAUUGUUUCA